AAGGCGCGGUUCCUGAAAAAGGAUAAUAUUAAAAUAAACAUUUAGUAACAGCUUUGUUUCAAGCUGUGGGAAAAUAAAUCUCAUGUGGGAAAAUUAAACAUUGUGGGAUUGUAUGUGAACAAAAAUAACUGAAAGUUUAUAGAUUAAAUAGUGAUGGAUAACUCGCGACCAUUUAUGGAUUUUCCUGGAGCUGGAAAUGUGGAUAGCAGUGGUCUAACAUUGAUUAAUCAGCGGUCAAAGGGUGCAGGCCGGUUAGUACGCAAAACUAGUGCAGAGAUAGUUAGUGAAGCAAAAAGCAUGCUUGCUGGAGGUAUUGGAGGCACCAGGUUGGUUUCAGCCCGCCGACCAAUAACGCCACGUGAACCUAGAAGGCAACUGUAUGGCCGUCUGGCUCCUCCGGGGCGACCUCCAAGUGCAAUAAAUUUAAAGUAUUUACAACAGGGAGUCAAUACGCUUCCAUCGUUAGAGCCCAUUCAGUUAAACAGCACUGCAGGAACUGCAGCGUCUAGUUCCUUACGGUCUGAUUCUAUCGAUGUGAAAGGCAGCAUAAGCAUUGGAAGUGAACUGGUUGGGCACAGUUCAUCUACGGUCAUAGGUAGAGAAAAAUUGCCAGCACUUGCCAAUAUUCCGCAAAAAUUAUCUGGAUCGCUUGAAAAUAUUCACGAUUAUGAAAAUCAUGAAAGCAAAUCUUCGGACCAAUCGAGCAAUUCGUCACAGCCUGUCCCUACACAUGGUUCAGCGAAUAGUAUUGUAAAAAAUCAUCCCUUGAAAAGGCGCCAGGUUCAAUCGUUUGAAGAAAAACUACAAGCUCCUAAUGCAAUUGCAACGGAUGAUAAGAGUUCACUAGAAGAUCAGUCAAAACUGCUAAGAAGAAGUAAUGAUUUGCUAGUGCAAUCUUCGACCGAGUCUCUGUUGGAGAUGCUGAAAGCGUAUUCUGGAUUGAAGGAUUGCGAUGACAGUACAACCGCUUACAUCAGUGCGAUUCUACACGAGCUAUAUGUAAGAGUGAAGAACUCUAAAGGCAGUUGGCGUGGUACAGUUUUGGGUGCAUUGUAUGGACUAGUGGAGGCCUCUUCAUCCAAGAUAUUACUAUUGGUGGCCAGCACAGUUUUGGCUAUGAAUGUUACGGGAAGCAAUCUGACCGGUGCCUGUAAGCUGGUGUUCAAGAUCGCCCGUAAUGAGAAUAACGACAAUUUGUUUAUGGAUAGUGAUGUGCCCGAACUUCUAGUUGAUGGGCUUGGACGUGCAUCACCUAUAGAAGAUUCAGAAGCUUGCAUAUACGGUUACGGGGCAGUACGGUUCCUUACUGGCUCGUCGAACGGUGCAAACAAUACCACAGCUAACGGUUCAGAUGUAGGCAACAACGUUCGUUCACUUGCUGUUCGCUUGACUAAACAUGGUCUCUGCCAGCUGAUGGUGUUGCAUUUAAAAAUGAUCAAUGAAAUCGCAUCUACUACACAAUUAGCAGGAUCUCCACUGCACGCGUUGUUUCAGCUUUCGGGGGCUUUGCGCACAUUAGCUGGUAAUUAUUGUGUAGCUGUUCCCAGCGCAUGUCACUUAUCGAACCGUUGUCAUCAAAGGCCCGAUAAGAAAGAUGAGAAUGAGGAUAUUGCGCAGAUCGAACAAGCUGUGCCUUUGCUGGUACGUGCGGCUGAGAUGUGUAUCAAAGAGCCGGAAGUGCAAGCUAAUAUAAUUCGAACGCUGAGCGUUCUUUCGGAACGGGCGGAAUGUUGCGAACGUUUAGCAGUAGCUGCCGCACGGUUAGGAAUUUUGCUUGGAUCCGUAAUACAAACUAGUCAAACGGUGGAGAAAGGAUUAGCUACAUGUAAUCGGUUGGGUUACAUUCUCGGCAACGUAAUGGCGCGCUGGGAUACAGCGCGUAACCAAUUCUAUUGUUGUGAUGUGUCGUGCGAUGCUUUGUUGGAAACGCUAGAGUACUACGCAAAUAAAAGCUUUACGUUGAAGAAUCAGAUGGGAGACUCUGUAGCACAAGUGUUGACCAAAUUGAUACGAAUACUAGCAAACAUGUGUGUGAAUGGAGACGUAGGUUACGGGAUGAGCAGGAGGUCACCAUUGGGUGAAAUUCUUUUGAAUAUUUUGCUCAAAGUGAAGGACCCUAAGUCUACAGAAUUGGAUGAGCUCUUGUUCGCAACGCUGGGCGCUUUGCAUAACCUUUCGUACUACUAUGAACCGAGCGACACAGACGGGGCUUCGUACCAAAUCAAUGCUGGAAGCAUUGCAGAACGGAUGAAAGACAUUUGUGGUACGUUGUGCUCCAUUCUGGGAAGUGAUCAUAACCCUGCCCGAUCGGAAGUGGCCCGUGUACUAGGCAACAUGACCCGCAACACGGCAACACGUCAAACGUUCUGCGAACAGAAUGGGAUGAAGAUCCUGAAACAGUGUUUGACAUCAAAAAACGACGAACUUAUGGUUACGUCCUGCGGUGUUCUGGUGAACAUGCUCGGUGAUUGGUCUAGCAGAGUUCCAUUCCACGAGAUUGAUGGUCCCACCAUACUGAGGCGUUUGCUACAUAGAGGCGUUAAUAACCGGGACUGGAUCAUGGCAGGAAUUGCGUGCCAGGCUAUAUGGAACUAUUUGAUAGAUACGUCUGAUAUCAUGAAAUCAUUGGGACAGGUGGAGAUUGACUUAAUUUGUGGAGCAUUAGCAGAAGGAUUAGAUGAAGACAAUUUAUUUGGUGGCAAGGAGCCUGACAUCUUUUGGGAAGACUUUGCUCCAGUAGCAACAGAUUUAUGGGAGCGAUUACAAAUGUGCUUGUCAAACGAGAAUUCUCCUUGUGAGUCUUCAGAUGAAUAUGUGUGAAGAAGAUGUGAACUGGGCUUAUCUACCAUCGCGAUGAAAAGAUUUAACCUAGACCAUUGUAGGUGAACCAAAAUGUGUUUUGGUUUGGUACCGCAC